AUGCCUAAACGUCUCAUUUUAGGCUUUGUGGAGAAUGCGGCCUUUAACGGAGAUAAAACUAAAAAUCCCUUUCAUUUCCAAAACUUUGGGAUCAAGAAAUUAGACGUCAGUAUCAACGGAGAGACCAUGAGUACUCGUUGCUUUGAGCCUAAUUUCAACGAGGAUUUACAUCUGAGAUCAUAUCUCAGUCUGUAUCAAGCCCUGGAAAAAUUAGGAGAAGACUGGGCUCCGGACAUUACCCUAGAAGAGUAUAAAAGCGGCUACACUCUAUGGGGCUGGGAUUUCACUAAAGAUCAAGAGGCGCAAUCGGAUAAAUUCCACAUCAUAGAAACAGGAAAUCUGAGAGUAGAAGUGCAGUUUACCAACAAUACGGCUACCACCAUCAAUUGUGUGGUGUAUGCAGAAUUCGAUAACCUAUUAGAAAUUAACAAACAGAGAGAAGUGAGCAUUGAUUACUAA